AUGAAGGUCUCUGUGGCUGCCCUUGCUGUUCUCAUCGCUGCCUUCUGCUACCAGACCUCCGCUGGACCAAUUGGCUCUGACCCACCCACCUCCUGCUGCUUCAGCUACAUCUCCCGGCAGCUGCCCCGCAGCUUUGUGGUGACGUACUACGAGACCAGCAGCCAGUGCCCAAUGCCAGCUGUUGUGUUUGGGACGAGGAAGGGCCGCGAGGUCUGCACCAACCCUGAGGAGGAAUGGGUCCAGCAGUACAUGAAUGACCUGGAGCUGAACUGA